AUGGGUUUCUCUGGAUCAAUUUUUAAAUUAAAGGGUUUCUUUGAGUUGAUGAGCCUGAUGAAAAACCUUGUUGCAGGAAAACCUUGUCUUGAUUUGGAAGAAAAAGGGGUUGUUAACAAAAUCGAAGUAGGUGAUGGUUGUGUUUUUGAUCAUCUAGCACCAAUUCGUGACUUAUCUUUCUCUGGAAUCUCUUUAUUCGGUGCAUUUCAAGCAUUUUGUUUUGAAGUUAUACAGCCCCACAGUAGAUCACCACCUCCAGCCAACCUUCCCUCUCGUCACAAGACUCAACUGAAACCAAAAAACGGAGUAGCAGAAAACCAACAGCAGGAGGCUGCCGGCCUCCACCCAUCAUCACCGAACUACCAUUCUGCUGCAAGCUACCUCCACCGGCCACCACUUGUUGCCAUAGGAAAUCGAACUAAUCCCGGAGAUCACGACCUCACGGCAAUACAUUCUGGUCUUCAGAACUACUCGUUUACCACUCGAUAAGGAAAUCAGUGAAAUUUCGGGCACACUCAGACGAUGGAAAACAUGGCUCGCAAGUACUUUAAUUUUCUACUUUUGAACUGUUAUGCCUCACUGUUAAGGCAAACUCGUAUUAUUAUUUUAUUACUAUCUGUAAGAACCAUGUAUGAAAACAUAAAAAUGUAAUGAAAUGUUGUUUUGUUUAUUGUUGUACUUGUGCUGUAUAUUCAAUUUAUCUGUGAUCCAUGAACUUAGUCGCACAGCCCGGCAUGUUUC